AUGGCCGUCCGAGCCACUCCUACUCUAUCAUACAAAAGCCUUCAUCAACGGGAUGUAACUAUCGAUACUCAGAAUGGAGAUCACCAAUUAUCUACGGAAGCGAUCAUAGGUGUUGUCGGCGUGGUAGUUGCCGGAUUGGGUAUUGCAUCCACGCUAGUGUGGUCGAAGCGGAGGAAGUCGCGCGGUGGAUCCCGCCGCAACUCAGAAGAAUUGAUACCCCCCAACCAUCCGACGUACGGCGAUGCUUUUACGCCAUUGUACCCAAUCAAUACCUGGGCGCGCACAGCUAGUAAUGGCGGCCACAACCCGUCGCACAAAUACAAUUAUCAGAUACGUUAUGAGCGAUUGACGGUGCAGCGCACGAUACCAUCAGUAAUGGAGACAACUGGCAGUAAUACGGCUGAUCAGACCAUGACACACAUCACAAACUUGGGUGACCAAGUCGCCGAGCAAGGUCAAGAAGAGACAGAUGAGUCGAAACUUGAACGUUUUCGAGAACAGGUCAUGUCAUGGCUUGGCUACACCAAGAAGCGAAAAAAGAAAACGGUCUUCGGAACACGAAUGGAUACGGCAGAAGAAGAGCAUUUAAGAUUGAGGAAGAAGUAUUUGAAGGGUAUCGGAUGUUGGUUCUUCAAAACCGAACAAUACCAGAGGUGGUUGAAUGAAAACUGCUCAACCCUGGUCUGCCCAGGUAUACCAGGCUCCGGAAAAACCAUGCUCGCUUCAGAGGUAGUGGAUCGACUCAAUGACAUGUCAAGCAAUCAAGAUGUCAAAGGAUCAGUAGGUGUUGCUUUCGCGUACCUUGAUGCGGAACACGGCGAUGUUCGUUCGACUCUCGAGUUUAUGACGCAAUUAGUUAGCCAACUCGUGGAGAACUGUCCAUGGUCAGACGUACUCCAGGAUACGGGAUCCCGGAUACAGUCUACCCCAUUAAGCCUUGAGGCCGUCACUGAAUUAGCUCAUGAAGUGGGCAAAUUAUACCACCAGGUCUACAUAGUCGUAGAUGCCGUGGACGAACUUCAUUCGGCACAUGAAGGUGUAGAUGAUUUGAUCGCAUACCUCCAGGAUCUACGAGAUAACUCCGGAGCAAAGCUCCUCUUCACUCUACGGGAUAUACCUGAUGUUAUAAAGCAGCUUUGGAAAUAUGAUCGUAUCGAUAUACAAGCAGACGAGGAGGAUGUUUCCAAAUUUGUAGAUCGUGAACUACAAAAUACCGAUUUUAGGUGGUCCGUGGAGAAGCUUCAUUCACAAACGCUGAAAGAUAAGUUGAAGAAAAGCAUCAUGUUGCUUUCCAAGGACACAUUUUCGUUGGCAGAGCAAGCCAUACACACAUUGUCGACCGCUCCAUUGGGAGCAGCUGAAGACUUUGUCAGGUCGCCCUCUACGUCAUUCGUUCUCGAUACUUUUUACCAACGAGAAGCAGCUCAAAUCGUAAAGCAACGUGAAAAGUAUGCAGUGUUAGCAGGUCAAGUCCUGUCAUUGAUUUCUUUCGCGAAAAGAAGUUUGACACUACCGGAGAUUCAUCAGGCACUUGCUUUUGACGUUAGUGAACAAAGGGAAGGCCUUGCUUCGUUGAAUAUCCAUGAACAUGAAGUGGAUGAUGCCAUUGUCUCUUCCUGUCGGGGUUUGAUUAAGACCAAAUCUGAAUCACAGGAGGUCGCUUGGGUGCAUGACUCAGCUUCUGUGCUUGUAGGGCCUAAAGCAUGGCGCUACUUUCAGUCACAGUCCUUCCAAAACUUCCAAGCAAAGCCCUUUGGAAGCUCUCAAGCAAAGCUCUUUGGAAGCUUUCAAGCACAAUCCUUUGGAAGCUUACAAGAACGGCCCUUUCGAGGCUUCCAACUACAACUCGGUACUCCGAGUUUUCUGAUCGAUAAGCUGCAAAACAUGUGUAUCACAUGUUUAUCACACUUCGAGUUCAAGUCUGGGCCGUGCCGCAAUGAUGCAUUGUUGGAAGAGAGGCUUACGAGAUACCCAUUUUACAGAUACGCUUGCAGGUACUGGGCACAGCAUGUUUCGCCCCUUGAAGACAAGGAAAAAGAACUCCUUUGGCGAUUUCUUGAGGAUGACCAAAGCGUAGCUGCGGCCUACCAGGUUUUUCUCGCCACUCAGGAGAUGCCACGAAGUACAAGAUUCAGCCAAGUCGCUCCACAAGGCAUUACUGGCAUGCAUCUUGCUGCUCACUUCGGUCUUGAUGGGAUUCUCAAUGAAUUGGUUAAGAGAAGAGUCGAUGAUAUUGCUGUUAAAGACAGCAAUGGCCAUACUCCGCUAUGGUGGGCAGCUGAAGGCAAGAUGAAGGAAACGGCUAAGAUACUGAUACCCAGAGAUUACGAGACAGUCAGCUCGCUCGUUAGAUCUGGAGACUUGGAUCUUAUACUGCUGCUCUUAGAUGCAGAAUAUGAUACCAACCGAAGGGGAGCUUGGGGAAGAACUCUACUACACAAUGCCAUCAUGGAAGACAAACCAAUCAUCGCUCACAAGCUGUUGGAAAAAAAUGCGAAAUUUGACGAAGCUGACAUCAAUGGAGACACACCUUUGACACUUGCACUCCAGAAAGGCCAGCACCAGAUAGCAGAUAUCUUACUUGAUAUGGGUGCAUCUACAAAGAGUACCACCCUGGAGCAGUGGCGACAAGCAUACAGUAAGCCUGACUGUCGCGUCAUGCAGCUUACUAGAACUACGAGGAAGACUUCUCUCAAGUUCCUGGAAGGCGAACCCCAAGAUGAUAUGGAAAGUACGGCCCAGCAUCAAGCAAUGAACCUAUUUGUUUUCUCCGCACCUUCGUCUCCGGCAUGGUUACAGUCAGAUCGUCUGAGCUCAUCACUUCAGCAUGAAAGUUCUUGGAAAGGCCCAGUGAUCACGUAUGUGGUCGUAUUGAAGUUCCCAGUAGCAACAACGAUGGAACAAAAGACAGGAUCUUCGUUGUCGCACAUGCUGCCAAUUGGAAUUAGAUGGAGCAUGAUAAAGGAUGAAAACGCAAAAGCUGGAUUCCGUCGACUGGCUCAUUGUCACAACUUGCCGGAUACAUGGAUUGCGGAAGAGAUGUUACACAUGUAUCUCCAGCUUUUGAAGCAGAUGAGAAUAAGGUGGGAGGUGACAUGCAAGGAGGGUGAAUUGCACUUGCGGCACUUUCGAGAGGAGAUCUUGAAUGCAAAGGGAGAAGAUCUUGAGCUCACAGACCAGCUUCUGAAAGACGCGCAACAAUGGAUAACACUCCGCAGAGAAUUAGCACAACAUGUCACCGACGCAACUCAGUUUGUGUCCGAAUAUAAUCGUCUUUACCAAGAAGAGAAAGCUCAUGGAGACUGCCAAGAAUUCUUGCAUAAGUUCCGGUUCGAUAUAGAACAAGAUCUGAACUCGCUUGAUACCACGUCACAAAACCUUAUUAACAUAGAAUUCAAUCUCGUGACGAUUCGAGAGGCUCGCAAAUCAGUAACAAUGUCAGCUAGCCUAAAGCGCCUUAGUUGGAUUACAUUCGUGUUUCUCCCAGCAACGUUCUCCGCCAGUUUAUUCGGAAUGAACGUCGACAUACUGAGAGAUAACCCGAGCUGGAAAUGGUAUAUACUUGUUGGUGGUGGAUGUAUGCUGUUGACAUUCACAGCAUGGCUGCUGUUCAAAUUCACUACGUUGCAUGCGAACUCUCUUGUGCAGUCGAGAAAGAUACUCCAAGUUGCCGUUGCAGGUCUCGGCCGCAUGGGCGCUCGGCACGCCCUCAACAUCUUGAACAAGACUCCUCGCGCUGAGCUUGUCGCUGCCUUCUCUCCCGACCAAAAUGAGCUCAAAUGGGGCAAGGAGCAUCUCGAGCCAUAUGGUGUCACUCUCUACGAUGACUACAAGAAGAUGCUUGAGCACAAGGGCCUAGAGGCUGUAGUGAUCGGCACAGCGACCUCAGUACAUGCCGAGGAGACCCUCCAAGCUAUCGAGAAGGACCUCCACGUCCUCUGCGAGAAGCCUCUCUCCACCAGCGUCCAGAUCUGCCAGGAUGUCGUUGACGCAGCUGCGAAGAAGCCACACCUCAAGGUCAUGUGCGGUUUCUCAAGGCGUUUCGAUGACAGCUACCAAGAUGUUGCACGCAAGAUUGAAGAAGGUGCCAUUGGCCGACCCACAGUUGUCCGAUCACAAACUUGCGACAGGCAACAUCCCGACCCAGACUUCUUCGUCCAAUAUGCUGCAUGGUCUGGCGGUGUUUUCGUCGACAUGUCCGUGCACGACAUUGACCUAACACUUUGGUACUUUGGCUCCAACGUAGUACCCAAGUCCAUCUCCGCAAACGGUGUUGUUGCCAUUCUACCAGGCCUCAAGCAACACAAGGACUACGACAACGCCGUCGGCAUCGUCGAGUUCUGGGACGGCAGGAUCGCCCACUACUACGCCUCCCGCAUGAUGACCCACGGCCAAGAAGAUGUGACCGAGAUCAUCGGUACCGAGGGCAAGCUUACCGUCAACCUCAACCCCCAGAAGAACCUCGUCAACUACUACUCUAAGGCUGGCAUUACCCGGGAGGUACCCGCCGAUUACUGGGGUCGUUUCGAGCCUGGUUUCGUCAAGGAGGCCAACGAGUUCACAGCCGCGUGCUUGGACAACACACCAGUUCCUCUGGAGUUCCAGAACGCUGUCAAGGCCGUACGGAUCGGAGCUUGGUUGCAAGAAGCGCUUGUCAGCGGAAAGCAGAUUCGAUUCGACGAGAGCGGCAAGCGUAUCGAUCGUGCGAACUUGUAG